CUUAUAACAAGCUAUACCAGCCUGUCGUCACUCUGUAAUCGUGGACUGGGAUCCGACGCGUCUUCAAGUCGUUCUUAGCUUCCUACGAUGAAGUUCAGUACACCAUUUCCUCAGACGUUGCCUAAGGAAUGCGACAAGGCGGCCAAGAUGUUCAUGUCCUUCGUGGACGGCAAGAAUAAUGGAUUGGAUGGUGUUAUUCCUCGUUCCGUGCUCGAGAAUGCGAAGGGCUUCGCGGUCUUUACUAUUUUGAAGGCCGGCUUCGUUUUCUCAGCCAGAGCAGGGACUGGUAUUGUCAUCGCGAAGCUCGGUGAUGGAUCUUGGUCUGCACCCAGUGCAAUAGGCGUCGCAGGUCUUGGAGUAGGCGGGCAAUUGGGGGCAGAGUUGACCGAGUUCUUGGUUGUAUUAAAUUCAGCGUCGGUACAGAAGCAAUUCAUGUCGGCCGGCAAUCUAACUCUAGGAGGAAAUCUCAGCGUUGCUGUUGGUCCGUUAGGCCGCAAUGGAGAAGCCAGCGGUUCGGUGAAUAUGAAGGGCAAUGUUGCUGCCACGUAUAGUUACUCGAAGACGAAGGGGCUGUUCGGCGGUGUUUCUGUUGAGGGCUCCGUCAUCAUGGAGCGGCAAGACGCCAAUGCCAUCGCAUACGGCUCUGAUGUGACAGCGAAGAACCUCCUCAGCGGGAUGGUAGAGGCACCCCAGUGGGCCAUGGCUCUAGUGAACACCAUUGAGUCGUGCACUGGAAUGCCAGGGCGCCGCUCGUGGAUAGACGAUCGCGUAGAUCAGCCCACGGGAUACCAUUUCGGGGCGGUUUCAAGUCCUUCUGGCGAAAGACCUGGGUUACUGAAGAAGAAGAAAGGCGUUGAUUUCCCCCCGCCUUCGUGGGGGAAAAGGAAAGAUGUUGGCUCAUACUUCGACACGGACACAGAUACUCUCAACACUGGAUCGCAAUCGAGCUUACCACAGCCCACUCAAUCUGCCUUCAAGACACGAUUUGACUCUGACUUCGCCCCCGUAUCACCAACGAGUUCUGCCCGUCAUCGGCCAAAUCUGAGUGUACCUCAAGCUCAGGUGUCUGAAGACCCCUACAACCCUGCUUCACCAUUCAACUCACUACCAUCAUUCAGCGCUGCCCAUGCCAGCUUGUCACCCAAAACAUUGGCCCACUCCCGAGCUUUCAGUGUGCCACACAUGUAUCAGCAGAAUAGCUCCACUACAUCCUCUCUCAACCCAUUUGAUGUGGAAAGUUUAGAUGGCUCAAGCCAAAGUAGACCGAGUCAGAUUCGCUCCAUCAGCCAAGGAGUGUCUCGGUUAACAACGAAGCCUGAGCUAUCCGAGCCACUACUGCCUGGGGAAGGCGUGGGUCGAGCAAUAGCCCUACAUGACUUCAAAGCGGUAGAGUCUGGAGACCUGUCUUUCAAUAAGGGUGAUGUUAUCAUAAUUACUCGGAAGAGUGCUAGCACGAAUGACUGGUGGGAUGGAAAAGUUAAUGGUCGGAAAGGCAUUUUCCCUGCUAAUUUUGUUGAAGUGGUUUGAAAUCACGGUAGUGCCUGCAGCCUUGGGAGGGACGGAAGCUGGGAUGUAAGUGCAUGUAAUGUAAUGAUGCUAUAGACAUAUGGGCCGUCAUGUUUUUGUAUACCGCAGUAUCUUGGAUCCAAUAUUGACUGUCAGUAUUUC